AGAUGAGAUCCAACAAAAGCAGCUCAAAAGCGCAGACUUUCGAAUCUUCUGGAGGAAGCAAAGUUGCUUCGCAUCCAACAUUCCAACCUGCUAUCAUAACUUCCACACAAACCACAAAACUUCCUCUCUUCUUUGCAGCCAACCCAAGAGAAACCUAAAAGAAGAAAUAUUCGAAGCAAUGGGCAACGUCGAUUCUUCCACCAACAAUCUCAAGAGCAAUGGCUCCUCCGGUCGAAAAGGUGGCGCGCAACGACGUGGAAGUCUUCCUGCAAGGUUACCAUCCAAUCCCAAGCUGGAAGAAAAUGACUUGUCGGAAAUUCUGCAUUUUGUCCAGCACAUGAAGCAAACCAAUCUGGGGGGGAACAUGUUGGAAGAAUUUGUGGUGAAACAAGCGAGCGCUAUUGACGAUGAGUUGAACGAUUGUGCUUCCAUGUCAUCGAAGCUGGACGAGAAACACUUUCCAAUCAAGACCAUCGUGUUAGACACGAGCGAAAAGUCAAUGAAAGAUUUCUCCAUGAAAGAUAGGUCCAUGAAUAGAUCCAUGAAUCGAUCCAUCCGUUCCAUGAGAGACCGUUCCAUGCAAGACAAAUCUUCAAGGCGUAGAACACGGAAUUCGACUGCAACUCCUAGCGCUUAGGAGUGGUUGCUAAAAAAACGUUGGAUGUUCGGGUGUAUCGAUGUGAGAUAGACAUGCCAUAGAUAAGAAUAUCGCCUAUUAGAGCUUUCAUAAUUAUUC